AUGUCCUCAACGGCAGCGGUAGCACUAUCCAACAACUUGACGUCCUCGACGGCGGCUCCAGUACUGACCAAAAUCUCGGCGUCCUCGGCGGUCAACACAACGAUCACCUCCACGGUCGCCGCCACGCGGACCGUCACCCUGCGGCCGGUCAAGACCAGGUCGUACCAGGCCUGCGGCGGUUUGCGCGUGUCGCCGACGCCGUGCCCGGCCAGCUUCGAGUGCAUCAAGAACCCGUUCGAUAGCGGCUGCGGGCCGGCGUGCGACGGGCCGGGCAUCUGCGUGGUGCCCAUCCCGUGCAGUGGGGUCGCGGGUACCAACUGCCCGGAUGGCAAGAUUUGCGUGGAUGACCCAAGGGACGAUUGCAACCCGGGGAAGGGCGGCGCCGACUGCAUUGGGCUCUGUAUUUAG